AUGCUCACGCCUCAAAUUUUGCGCGCUAUUGGAUGGCGCACUGUCACGAAUACAGACUAUGACGGCGCAGUUCUUGUUGGAGGUUUGGAGAAUGAACUCAGACAUUUUGGGGAUCCGGAUGAAGAACGCGAUUCCUGGUCCUACCCGGAGCCAGUGAAACCAUGCCCAUAUACCCACGAAGGCGCAAGAGCUAUUGCAGCAGAAGAAAAGAAGAAGAAACACGAAAAGCUCAGAGCCGCUCGCAGAUCCGCAAUCUUAGGAAUCUCUCACUAUGAGAACGAUGCGAACCAUGGCGAUAUUGAUGAGGCAGUUGGGAAGUUUGAGGAAGACGAGGAAGAUGGUUGCACAGUCGAGGGGAGUGACGAACCACUUGAUUUCUGCGAUGAUUGGUUUUCAAGACCUUUACGACAAGAAGACAAUGCACGUGAAGCAGAAUCUGGUGAUGGUUCGAAGCGUUGCAGUCUUCUGCAGGGAGAAACCAUUGACGAAGAAAAAGGUGCUGAUAACCACGAAUGGGAUGCAGUAGCAACGGCGACGAAAUCGACCCAAAACUUGGGCGUUCGCACAUAUGAAGAGGAAGUUGACAGUGAUUUUGAUUCCGAUUUUGGGAAUAGCUUCGUAUUGAUGGUCAAUGAAGAAGCCGCGGUCCCAUCAAAUGGAACUUGCAAAGGAGAGUGCUCUUGUGGAUGCGACUCUGGAUUUGUCGAGAUCGACGAUACAAACACAAUGCAUGGCUUGAAUGGAGUUGAAAAGGCGGGUUCUUCGGCUCGGGCUGUUAUCGCAGCUCAACCGGGGCUUUGGCGAUCAAUGAUUGCUUGUAGACCACUUGAAAGAGCACGUCGUCCGCAUAUUGUUAUGCCGGGAAGUUGGCAGGCGGUCUAA